GAGCAGAACAGAGCGGGAUUAUUCCGCCCCAGAUCGCGCAGCUGACCACACUAUUGACCGCACUAUUGCUGGAGUCGCCGUUACUGUAAUUGCUGAUUUACCUGUGAGCCGCGAGUGCCAUGUUCGUGCGCGCUGUGGUCCUGAAUCCGGCGCUGUGCGGCGCAGCCCUGCGACUCCCGGCGAUCGUCCCCGGGUGUCAGAGAGCCGCGGGGGUCCGCCUCUACGCGACGAGUCAGGCCGCGGAGGCGGUGCUGGGCAAGUCAGCCGUGGGGAGCGAUGCUUCCGCCAAGGUGGCCACCGAGAAGAAGCCGCUCAACUUGGAAUCCAAAUCCUUCGCUGUGAACAUGUUCAAGGGUCAGAUCAACACGUCCCAGGUGUUCCCUUUCCCUUCAGUGCUGAACGAGGAGCAGUCGCAGUUCCUCCAAGAGCUUGUCGGACCCGUCUCCAAAUUCUUUAUCGAGGUCAAUGACCCCAUGAAGAAUGACGCCCUGGAGAAGGUGGAGGACAGCACCAUGGAGGGCCUGAAGGAGCUCGGGGCCUUCGGUCUCCAGGUCCCCACCGACCUGGGGGGGCUCGGCCUCACUAACACACAGUACGCGCGGCUCGUGGAGAUCGUGGGGAUGUACGACCUGGGUGUGGGCAUCACCCUGGGUGCCCACCAGUCCAUUGGUUUCAAGGGCAUCCUGCUGUUCGGUACCCGAGCCCAGAAGGAGAAGUACCUGCCCAAGCUGGCUUCGGGGGAGGACGUCGCCGCCUUCUGCCUGACGGAACCGGCCAGCGGGUCAGACGCCGCCUCCAUUAAGACCACGGCUGUUCUCUCGCCGUGCGGGAAGUACUACACCCUCAACGGAGGAAAAAUCUGGAUCAGCAAUGGAGGACUGGCGGAGAUCUUCACUGUUUUCGCGAAGACGUCGGUGAAGGAUGAGAAGACGGGAGAGAUGAAGGACAAGAUCACGGCGUUCAUCGUGGAGAGAAGCUUCGGCGGAGUGACGAGUGGUCCCCCGGAGAAGAAAAUGGGCAUCAAGGCGUCGAACACGGCGGAGGUGCAUUUCGACAACGUGCGCGUGCCCGUCGAGUGUGUGUUGGGCGAGGUGGGUGGCGGCUUCAAGGUCGCCAUGAACAUUCUGAACAACGGGCGUUUCGGCAUGGCGGCUGCGCUCGCCGGCACCAUGAAGGGCGUCAUCGCUAAGGCCGUGGACCACGCGGUCAACAGGACGCAGUUCGGGAGCAAGAUCCAUAACUACGGGGUCAUCCAGGAGAAGAUGGCUCGCAUGGCCAUGCUGCACUAUGUGACCGAGUCCAUGGCCUACAUGGUCAGCGGGAACAUGGACAGCGGCGCGUCCGACUUCCAGAUCGAGGCUGCCAUCAGCAAGAUCUUUGCCUCCGAGGCGUCCUGGUCAGUGACCGACGAGUGCAUCCAGAUCAUGGGAGGGAUGGGCUUUAUGAAGGAAGCUGGAGCGGAACGGGUCAUGAGGGACUUGAGGAUCUUCAGAAUCUUUGAGGGCACCAACGACAUCCUCCGCCUUUUCGUGGCACUCAAUGGCUUCCAGAAUGCUGGGAACCAGCUGAAGAACCUACAGAAAGCGCUGAAGAACCCGCUGGGGAACGCUGGACUUCUGACUGGGGAGAUCGGCAAGAGGGCACGCAGGAGAGUCGGACUGGGCUCUGGACUCUCUUUGCAGGGGACCGUUCAUCCUGAGGUGGCCCACAGCGGCGAUCUGACGGUGAAAGCCAUCGAGGAGUUCGGAGCAACCAUCGAGGAAAUGCUUCUCAAACACGGCAAGAAGAUCAUUGAUGAGCAGUUUGUGCUGAAGAGGGUGGCCGACAGCGCCAUUGACCUGUACGCCAUGGUGGUCGUCCUUUCCAGAGCCUCCCGCUCGCUGGCCCAGGGUCUGCCGUCCGCGCAGCACGAGAAGCUGCUCUGCGAGACCUGGUGUAUCGAGGCCUACGGCCGCAUCAUGGCUGACAUGAAGUCUCUGAGGUCCAGCUCCAGCAAGCAGCUCUUUAAGAACCUGAGGGCCAUCUCCUCUGCACUGGUGGACAACGGCGGGGUUGUGUCCCCACACCCUCUGGGAUUCUAACCCACCCCCCAACCAACCACACACACGUCUCUGCUGUUACUUAUUUCUGUAUUGAGGAUGAGUUCUCUUUGGUCAAGUUUGGAGAAUAUCCAGGUGGCAUUGAGCAGAACGUUCUGGAAUGAUGGUUCGGCUGCAGUUUGAAUGUUUUAUGGUAAACUCUGUGCAAAGGAUUGUAGUUGCGCAUAUUCAUAUUGAAAUAUUUUAAUUUCAGGUGUUCCGUAUGGUAGCUUGCCUUUCGAAGGUAACCGAAAUGUUAUAAAUAUAGCGGUUUAAUGCCAGGGGUCAUGUUCGAUGUUAAAGACCUAUUUACAGUCAGUACAGUAACUUAUUUUUGGCACCAUUUAUGAAUGUCUGCAACCUGUGUGCGUGCUUCUCGUUUGGCUUCCCUAAACGGUGGUUUUCGGAGCCUCUGUGUUUUCUCAUUUCCCUUCACGGUUUGUAAAGGAUGAGGGUGGAACAGCCCACCUCUCCAUCCUUCAUCACAAGGGUCUUCCUGGAUGAUCAGUGACCUUUAACCUUUCUCAAGGACUUGAGGCAACUGGUUGAGUACUUUGUUCACCGCUGAGACGUCCUCCAAUGAAGAGUGCCUUUCACCUAUACAACAGUGAACACGCACACACUCACACUUACUUGCAUGCAUACGUAUAACUCAAGUGCCUGGUUUAGCUGCAGGUAGCUAAAAUAACAGUAAAAGUGUUUUUGACCAUGUGUUUCGUGUAGUUACGUGAACACAUCGGCCUUCCAGUGAUGGUGGUGGGACAGAAACGUUUAAGUAACAGUAUGUCAGGAUACUGAUUAAAGAUCUGAGCUGUC